AUGUCGGCGUUCCCGGGACAGAUUGAUUGGCUAGUCGACCCCGCCAGCGGUAUCAUCAUGCCGAGUGUCAACUACGACCUCAGCAACAUCAGCAACAACUCCGCCAUCAACUUCGCCAACUUCAGCGACGGCCAGUUCUGGAACAUCAUCCAGGAGUUCGACGCGCCGCGCCCUCUACCGAUGCUCGCCGAGAUGUUUCUCAUCUCCGCCUACACGAUCCUCGGUGCCUUCGGCCUCGUCGGCAACCUGCUGCUCGUGUACGUGAUCGCGCGCACGCCGGCCCUGCGCACGGCGCGUAAUCUCUACAUCGCCAACCUGUCCGUCGCGGCGCUAACGCUGUGCGCCAUCUGCAUGCCCUUCACACUGAUCAUGCUUAUCCGACUCGCCUGGCCGUUCGGCACGCUGCUCUGCAAACUCGUGCCGACGUUUCAGGCGACGAACGUCUUCGUGUCGACGUUCAGCUUUUCGGCGAUCGCGCUCGAUCGCUACAACGUCAUCGUGUCGUCGUCGAAGUCGCAGCCGCGCGGCGCGAGCGGACUCGUCAAGAUCAUCGUCAUCUGGGUCGUCGGCUUCCUCAUGUCGAUCCCCUGGGUCGUCUACACGGGCAUCGACGAGGUCGGCAAGAAGGACCUCGGCUUUGUCAUGUACCUCAAGUGCGUCGAGCUGUUCCCGCUGACGGCGAAAGCCGUCUGCACUAUCGCCGUCAUCAUCAUCCAGUACCUGCUGCCCGUAAUCACCGUCACCGUCGCGCACGCGCGCAUACACAUGUUCCUCAAGUACCAUCGGCGCUCGAUGUGCGCCGGGACGAAGUUGUCGGCGCUGUCGCAGGCGAAGAAGGACAAGGAGCGGCGGCGCUCGAGUCGGACGACGCACGUGCUCAUAGCAAUCACGGUCGUGUUCGCUGUCAGCUGGCUGCCGCUGAACAUCUACAAUCUGAUCGCCGACUUCAGUCCGGACUUGUUGUACGGCUCGUCGAUGCUGCCGCUGGCCGUGUGCCACGCUAUAGCGAUGAGCUCCGCCUGCUGGAACCCGCUGCUCUACGGUUGGCUGAACAACACGAUGCGAUCGGAGAUCAUGGCGCUGUUCACGGGCUGCGGACGCGCCGUCAACGCGCGCUUGCGCGGUCGGCUGCCCGUGCCGAGCAACGACCCGUCGCUGGUCGUCGUCGGCAGCGGCGGUCGGCACGCGCACGUCGUCAUCAACGAAAAGGGCCGCACAGAGCUGACGACGUUCGGCUCUCACCUGGCCGUGUCGCCGAUGCCGACACGGCACGCCGACGGUGGCGCUGCCAUCGCGGCGACGACGCACUCGCAGCGCGGUUCGAACGAUAGCGACACGCAGAUCAUGAACACAGUGUAA